CCAGGGGAUCCGUGGCAAGGAAAGGGCAGGGGUCACCGGAGGAGGUUGGGGACAUUGGCUGGGGGGAGGGCAGGAGCUGCCUUAUAACCCAGCCCGGGAGCAGCCUGGCUCACUCGCUGCUGACCAGGCUCUGCCCUCUCCUUCAGCCUCCUCGCAGGAACUGACCGGCAACAUGCCCUACCAAUACCCAGCGCUGACCCCGGAGCAGAAGAAGGAGCUUUCUGACAUCGCUCACCGCAUUGUGGCUCCGGGCAAGGGCAUCCUGGCUGCAGAUGAGUCCACUGGGAGCAUCGCCAAGCGGCUGCAGUCCAUUGGCACUGAGAACACGGAGGAGAACCGGCGCUUCUACCGCCAGCUGUUGCUGACCGCCGACGACCGUGUAAACCCCUGCAUUGGGGGUGUCAUCCUAUUCCACGAGACACUGUACCAGAAGACCGACGAUGGGCGUCCUUUCCCCCAAGUUAUCAAAUCCAAGGGUGGUGUUGUAGGCAUCAAGGUGGACAAAGGUGUGGUACCCCUGGCAGGAACAAAUGGCGAGACUACCACUCAAGGGCUGGAUGGGCUGUCUGAGCGCUGUGCCCAGUACAAGAAGGAUGGGGCUGACUUUGCCAAGUGGCGCUGUGUGCUGAAAAUUGGGGAACACACUCCCUCAGCCCUUGCGAUCAUGGAAAAUGCCAACGUUCUGGCCCGUUAUGCCAGCAUCUGCCAGCAGAAUGGCAUCGUGCCCAUUGUGGAGCCUGAGAUCCUCCCCGAUGGGGACCAUGACUUGAAGCGCUGUCAGUAUGUAACUGAGAAGGUGCUGGCUGCUGUCUACAAGGCUCUGAGUGACCACCACAUCUACCUGGAAGGCACUUUGCUGAAGCCCAAUAUGGUAACCCCAGGCCAUGCCUGCACCCAUAAAUAUUCUCAUGAGGAGAUUGCCAUGGCAACUGUCACAGCACUGCGCCGCACAGUACCCCCCGCUGUUACUGGGAUCACCUUCCUAUCAGGCGGCCAGAGUGAGGAGGAGGCAUCCAUCAACCUCAAUGCCAUCAACAAGUGCCCCCUGCUGAAGCCAUGGGCCCUGACCUUCUCCUAUGGCCGAGCCCUACAGGCUUCUGCCCUGAAGGCCUGGGGUGGAAAGAAGGAGAACCUGAAGGCUGCCCAGGAAGAGUAUAUCAAGCGAGCCCUGGCCAACAGCCUCGCCUGUCAAGGAAAGUACACCCCAAGUGGUCAGGCCGGGGCUGCAGCCAGCGAGUCCCUCUUCAUCUCUAACCACGCCUACUAAGCGGAGGUGUUCUAAGGCUGCCCCCUCAACACUCCAGCCCCCACCCUCUCCCACUCACUCUUGAAGAGAGGGCCUCACCUGGGGCUCCAGGCUGCUCUUUCCCAUCACUUUGGCCUCCCAUGUGACAUUGGUGUGUGGUGUUGUCUGUAUAUGCUAACUCCGUUGCUCUUUCCAGCCCACUGCCAAUAAACAACUAUUUAAGGGGGA